CACUGGGGGUAACUAACUGUCGGAUCCUAGCCUCUUGCGGUAGCCCUGCUGUCAAAGUCCAGUUGGUGUACUUGGUAUUCCGCCCUCGUUUCUUCCGCACAGUUGAUGGGACACGCAAUUGAGUAUCAAAACAUUUUUUAAUUACGGAAUUGACAUUUCAUUGGGUGGCGCACUGUGCGUCAACUACUUAGGGCUUGAUUUUGCACUACCAGAACGCUAGUAAGCAACCCACAGUCGCUUUUUCGUGAUCGAAAAAAUAUGCAGGCUUUGCGGCCCCUCAUGCAUCUGCACGCAGCUCACGUGCGCACUAAUGCUGUGAGCAAGCGCCCUGCAGCGAGAGGCGCCGCGCCUGUGACAACGCAGCAAUAUCUUACAGAGGCCCAGGUAGCUAUGGAUGAUAUGAGUCCCCUUAAGGGCCGCUUUAUGAUACCAGCGGCGGAGGUUCGGCAAUUACUCAACGCCAGCGGCAACACCGUUGAGGAGCUACUAUUUUCGCUCAUUACUCCGGCCUCAAAGCUUGCACGGCCACCUAUAUCGGGUUAUCGAGUUGGGUCAGUGGCGCUCGGGGGCUCCGGUAGCGUGUACGUGGGUGUGAACAUCGAGUUCCCCGGGGCUCCUUUGAACAACUCGAUUCAUGCGGAGCAGUGUCUUCUUGUCAAUUGUCUGCACAGCGGCGAGACAUCCAUGCAAGCUCUGGCGGUGUCCGCUGCGCCGUGCGGCCACUGCAGCUGCUGCUGCUGCUGCUGCUGCUGGGCCCCAUUGCGGGUUAGUGAGGCAGCCAGCUCGAGCCUUGAUGCCUUGUUGAUGUUCUUUGCAAGCUUGCAAAGGCAAUUCUAUGCGGAGAUCAAGGACGCGGACGCGUUGGAAUACAUCUUCGGUCGCGACACUCAACCCAAGUUCCUGGCGGACCUGCUGCCGGAGCGCUUCGGACCCUCGGACUUGCAGUCUCGCUCGCAGAGCGUGCCGGUCAUUGUCCACGCUGGUCGGUUACAGCGUGUGUUGGUCUGUUGGUGGCCGCAGGUUGAGCCGUUUCCUCUGCUGCUGGAGCGUCAGAGCAAUUCCGCGGUGUGGCACCAGGACGCGCUGGCGGAGGUGGCGGAGCGGGCGGGCGAGCAGGAGUUCCAGCGGGCGGCCGCCCUAGCUCUGUCGGAGGCGCGCCAGUGCUACGCACCCUACACCAAAUGCCAUUCGGGCGCCGCUGUGGUGACGAGAAGCGGCCAGGUCUUCUCCGGGGGCUACAUAGAGAGCGCGGCGUACAACCCUUCCCUGUCGCCCUUCCACAGCGCCGUGGUGGACGCCGUCACGCACCUCGGGUUACCCUCAUACGAUCAGCCUACGGGUGUGGUAGGUAGCCGGGUAGGCGGCGUCCGCAUGUGCAGCGCGGUGGGGAAGUCCCGCCAGCCAGCCCUCCUGGUGCUGCUCCACCAUCCGGCGGUGCUGCUUACCUUACCUAGGAACAACUCUUGCAGCGCUUCGUAUUGCCGCUUCCACUUCUGCCACUACACCGCAUAA